GGUGAGUUUCAGUGUCAGUCACUAUCAGGCAGGGAGUGUUGCCACUCCUUCCACAGAGUAAAUAAACUUACGAAGACCGCCUUUGAGUCCGAAUAAAACGGUAUUGUUUGAAAGCAAUUAUCAUUUACUAUACACACGAAGGCGGAAGAGAAAGAAUAUAACGCGGCUAGGUGACUGAUUUCUGGCACAGAGCUACGGGGUCACGAUGCAAGGGAUCGGGAUGGUCGAUAAAAACAGCAGUGGGAUGCGCCGACUCAAGCAGUGGCUAAUCGAUCAGAUCGACAGCGAUCAAUACCCGGGCUUGGUGUGGGAUGAUGAUCAGCGAGUCACCUUUCGGAUUCCCUGGAAACACGCUGGAAAACAGGACUACAACCAGGAGGUGGACGCCUCCAUAUUUAAAGCAUGGGCCAUCUUCAAAGGAAAGUAUAAAGAAGGUGAGAAAGCAGAGCCUGCCACAUGGAAGACGAGGCUUCGCUGUGCACUCAACAAAAGCCCAGACUUUGAAGAGGUGACAGAUCGUUCGCAACUUGAUAUUUCAGAACCUUAUAAGGUCUAUCGUAUUGUUCCUGAAGGCCAGCAGAAAUGCAAAUUCGGCAGUCUGUCCAAUGAACAAGGUGAUAUCACCGAUAUGGAUUGUAGUCCACCUGGCUCAGAUGAAAUCAUGAAGGAUGUUAUUGUAGAUUAUAAUGGUAUAAUAAAAAGGAGUCAUUCCCCUCCAGAAGAGGAUUGUACAAGCCAACCACAGAUAGACUGGUGGGGUCGACACACAAUUGAAGACUCUUCCAUGUUAUAUUACACAAAUAACUUUGGACCCAUGCAAGCUAAUUCAGGAUUUUGCCAAAUGAUAGUCACAUUUUACUAUGGAGGAAUUCCGAUGUCCCGGGUUCCGAUUCGCCGGUCCGAUGGCUGUAGAAUAACCGUAAAUCACGCUUCCAUCACCAGUGACGGGCCGGAAAGCAUGGAGCAGGUUCUGUUCCCACCUACAAACAAGAUCACGAAUCCUCGGCAACAGCAGGUUACCAACAAACUCUUGACUCACCUAGAGCGUGGGGUGCUGCUACUGAGCAACAAUGAGGGGAUCUACAUCAAAAGGCUCUGCCAAGGCAGGGUUUUCUGGAACGGCCCCUGUGCGCCAUAUGUCGACAGGCCGAACAAGUUGGAGAGAGAUGCGAUAGUAAAGCUUUUUGACACAAAGCAGUUUCUGCAAGCCUUGCGUCUUUACACAGAGAACCCACAGUGCAUACCACCCCCAAAUAACAAAGUGACUAUAUGCUUUGGAGAGGAGUUUCCUGACAUGAAGCCCUUGAGCAAAAAAUUAAUCAUAGUGGAGAUAGAGCAGGUGAAAAGCAAACAGAUUCUCCAAGCAGUGCUUCAGGAAAGGAAUUAUCAAAACAUUAACUUUCAGAUAUCCAAUGAAACAGCGGAAGACAAACUGAUUCUUCAUGAACUUUGCAUGAAUAGUUAUGGCUACCAAAGACCUGUCUUCAGUGAAAACCAGCAGAUAAGCUAAAAAACUCUCUGCUUCAGCCAGCUAAAGACUUUGUAAGUUGGUAGCAUUAAAGGGAAAAAGUUCCUCAUUGCUGGUUGCCAAUAGAAUUGCCAAGGUACUUAAAAUAUCUUUUCAUUUUUUGUUGUUAAUUUUUUUUGUAACAAUACUGAUUGUUGUAAAAUAUAUUUUAUACAAUUUUAUUUUUUACUGUGAAAAGCUAUUCAAAGGAGUUUAUAUUAAAAAUAGGCUUUGAACAGACUUGUUCCUGGUAUACUGUUCAUUGCUGUUGGGACACAAGCAGUGAAAGAAAUAUUUAUUAUAUAUUGAGGACAAUGGAUUUCUAAGAGGAAGAAACAUUAUUUUCAAUGGAUUAAAAUGAAUCUAGUUUGAUAAUUGCACCUUUUUAUAAUUGCUGUAUAAUGUUAUUGAGUUUGAUUUAAAAAAAAAUCCUUAGCUGUACUCUUAAACUUAGAAGCAGACAACGUUCGCACUUCAGGUUGUGCAGUAGCUUAGAAUUGUUAAAUGGGAAAGUAGAAAUGCAGCUAUGAUUGAAGACCCAGCGACAUAAAUCUAACAAAGAAUGUGAUCAAGUCAGAAAGCGUUCAUGUUUCCUGAUCUCCAGACAUCCCAAACUAAUCUUGCAGCUAAUGUAGUACUUUUUUAUUUUUAAGUGGUUAUUGUUGUAAUGGGGUUCUAUGUUGGCCAUUUUGUGUUCAAUCUUGCACAAGCACCAAUGGAAUAAUGACCAGAUAUUUGUUUCAAUAAUGUUCAGUGCAGGAUAAAUAUUAGUCAGGGUCCAGGUGACAACUUUCCUCUUCAAAAUAGCAAUGUCAAACAUUUGACAAGAAAAUCCGGAAAUGCAAGCAACAGCACACUCUCCUAUAUGCUGGUAAGACCAGAUAUAGACUAGGAGGCCACCUUGCCGAGCACCUGCGAUCUCCCUGUGGCCACCCAUUUCAGUUCUACUUCCAUUGUUAUUCCCAUGUCAGAACAUGGCCUCCUGUGAUGGGAAGAACACCUUAUAUUCUGUCUGGGUAGCCUCCAAAACUGAUGGCUUGAACAUCGAUUUCUUGAACUUGUGGUAAUUGAACCUCAUUUUCACCAUUCUCGUCCCCGUUGCCCUCUCUUACAUUAACUCCUUACCUGCCCAUCGCCUUCCUCUGGUGCUCCUCCCCCUUACUUUUCUACCAUGGUCUUCUACCUUCUCCUAUCAGAUUUCACCUCCCCCCCCCGCCCCAGCCCUUAGCCCUUUAU